UAUGUUGAUGAAUCUAAACGCAUCGUUUUUAUUGUCUGCCUGUUUCAAAAUCCCGCGAAUCGGUGUGUUAAGUUUUUAUGAAGCAGACUGAUGAGACGAUUGCGAGUUACUUCUAUCGAAAAAAGUUCAAAGAUGGAGCUCUGCGGCAGCGCCUGCCUGCGUUGACAUCCGCCUUGAAAACCUCCGUUCUUUACUGUGGUUAUCAGCCAUGUUUAUUUGAUAGCUCUUGUGAGUGUAGGUUUAAUACACGGAAAUAUAGACGCAAAUGGAUGCGGCGCGUAAACACAAUCAACAUGAAAGACAUGGCCGAGAAGAACAGCUCUUUAUUACAGAAGAAACCGAUUAAGAGCCACUAGACUAGCCUACAGGUAAGCUGUUACUGUGGACUAUAUGCCGGUAUAUUAACGUUCUGGAUUGUUAAGAAAAAAGACAGCGAUGUACAAUUAUAUAUAAAUGAGGUGUGCACAAAGGCUUGUGAUGUUAGUGUCGCCAAUUUAAAACUUUUAAAGUAUUUAAAACCAAUAUAAGCUAUUAUGCCAUUUUAAAAAUACUUCAAUUUUAUAAUACCGAUAACAUUUAUUGUUAUAAAAAAAUAUUUUGCUGCUUUAAACUUUUGUGAUGCACCAUUCGAACGUUUGGGAUACUUGCAUUCAUCUAGGAUAUAUUCAGUAAAUAUUUCUGUUCCCUUCGUGUGUGAUGUGCAUGAACAGUGGACAGAUGUUUGGAAGCCAUUUUGGACUUUGUGUUGUAGCAUCAAGCCCCAACCACCACCUAGUAACCUCAAAAGUAAUUGUAAGGAUACUUAUUACUUUUCCAGAUUAUAGCUCUCAAUUUGGGGAUAACCUGAAAGUCUCACCCUAAUCACCCUAAACUCAAGUGUCAGGCUAUAUUGGCUCAAGCCAAAAAAAAUGUCUUUUAGAUGGCAUUAAAAUGAUUAUAGCUACUCAGCCAUUUGUCCCAUUGGCUUGAAGCUUAAUAUGAAGUGUCUUUGUUCAAUGUGCCAUGAGGGUCAUUGGCAUAUCUCAAAAAAAUUUGGCUGCCAUCAGCCAAUGAAUUUUAAGCACCUAUUAGACAAGGUCGUUCAGAAGAAAAAGCAAUGGGCAUGUUCAACUCAUAGCCCUGAAAGUCUGUAUGAAUUUUGAAAAAAAUCAGCCACUAGUUGGUGCUAAAAAAUGAGAUAAGGUUUUUUUUUGUUUGUUUGUUUGUUUGUUUUUUUAUAUAUAAAGUGGUGUUUCACAGAUCUCCUCAUUCUUAGCAACUUUGCUUCCGGGAUUAAUGCAUCAAUCAUAUCUUUCAAUUUGAUAUUCAAACUGAGCAUUAAAAGACCUGAAACUAAUGUAAAUGUUUGCUUUAAAAUAUAGACAUUAAUUAUGAAGCAUAACAAUUACUCCUAAACCAUUUAUCCUAACACAGCAGAAAAACUGUGAGGUUAGAAGACCCACUUAAAGAGGAUAAUUAUGGAAAGAAAAAAAAGAUGUAUUGAAAAUGUUAACAGUAUUGAAACAGAGUUUGGAAACAUGGCACUUCAACAGCAUGACAACGUUUCACAACAUAAUAAUAAUAAUAGUUCUACAUCGCUCAGACAACCUACAAUUAAAAAUUCAGACCGGUAUCUUCAAGAUUUCAGAAUUGACCAAAAAAAUGGUGGCACAGUUGUCUCUCCAAACAUACUAGGAUCCAAAAUAGCUGGUGAUGUUUUAGUGAACGUCAAUGUGCAACAAGUGUCCCACUUUACCUCAGUAAACAGCAAUGAAACUCUUCAGAGCGUAAAGCAUAAGAUGAAAAUGAGAAUGAAGACGGAAUCUGAGAGGAUUUUGGAGGGAUGUGCACAACAGUCAGUCUCUCUAAAUAAGAUCUACACUCAACUUUUCAUCAUCAGUGAUGAGUCAGACCCCAUCGUUAAAGAAAACAAGACUUGGCAUAUCGAGAUGAUGAAUGAUUUAAACAAAAUAGUGAAGGAAAUAAACUACAAUGACAUUCUUAACCCACCCCUGGAUGUAAUCAGAAACAUGAAGGUAGUUUUAACAAAAGGAAUGGCCGGAAUUGGGAAAACCGUGACCGUGCAGAAGUUUGUCCACGACUGGGCAAGUGGACAAGCCAAUCAGGAUCUAGAGCUUGUUCUUCUGCUCCCAUUCCGAGAGCUGAACUUGUGUGAUGAGGAAAACCAGAGUCUUGACCUGCUUUGUGCCUUGUAUCCAGAGUUCAAAGAGGCGAAACCUAUCUCUGACCAGAUCUUUGAUAGAAAAGUUCUGUUCAUCUUAGAUGGUCUGGAUGAAUAUAAAAAUGAACUGAGCUUUAAAACAAGCAUUUUGUCAGAUGUUACUAAAAAAACCAAACUGGAUGUUCUCCUAGAAAACCUUCUAAGAGGAAAACUGCUUCCGUCCGCACACCUGUGGAUUACCAGUCGGCCCGUGGCAGCUGAGCAGCUUCCCUCUGAGAUCUUCAGUCAGGGAUAUGUCACGCAGAUCAGAGGAUUCACAGAUGAACAAAAGGAGAAGUACUUCAUGAGGCACUUUGAGGAUCCAGAUCUAACCCAGAAAGUCAUCAGUCACCUAAAGUCUCAUAAGUGCUUGUGGAUACUGUGUCAAAUACCCCUAUUUUGUUGGAUUUCAUCAGCUGUUCUGAAAGCCAUCAUUAAAAGUCAAAAUAAAGACAUGCCCACAAAUCAGACAGAAAUGUAUAUCCACUAUCUGCUCAUUCAGACUGGGUUAAGCCACAAAAAAUAUCAAGGGCAAAAUGUCUCACAACAAGACGCUCUCAUACAGCACAAAGAACUGAUUAAGAAACUUGCAGAACUGGCAUAUGGGAAGCUGAAGGAACAGAGCACAAUGUUCAGUAAAGAAGACUUGAGAAAAUAUUAUAUCACUCCUGAUGAAGCUCUUCGAUAUCUUGGCAUCAUUACCUGUGUCCACGAGUGCAAGUUUGGAUAUAACAGGACUAAACAUUUCAGCUUUGUCCACCGCAGUUUACAGGAAUUCUUUGCAGCCUUAUUUGUUUUCCAUGAAUUUCUAUCAGGAAAUGAAGACUCCCUGGGAUUAACUAAAGCGAAAAAGGGGCAAAAGUCUAAUUUGUCAGAUUUUCUAAAAAGCGUAAUUGAUGUGGCCGUGGAAAGUAAAAAUGAACACUUGGAUCUUUUUAUCUCUUUUCUGUUUGGAAUUUCUUGUGAUUCCAGCAGACAUAUACUCGAAGGAUUCCUGCCUCGACCGGAAAACAGUAGUUUAGAAGAUCACAAAAAAAUCACCAAAUACAUUAAGUCUUUGAGGAGGAAAGAUUUGUCUCCUGAGAGAUGUUUUAGUCUUGUUCAUUGCAUCGUGGAGCUCAAGGACAUGUCUUUUUUGCAGAUACCAAAUCUUGAAUCCUCACGGACCAAAAAGCCCCUCACACUGUUCCAGUGCACGCUUCUGGCUUUCCAGUUUGUGAUGUCAGAUACAGACCAUGAUGAGUUUGUCCUCAGGAAAUUCAAGAUAACUUUAGAAGGAUUUCAGAGAUUCUCUCCAGCCAUUAUAUGCUUCAGACAUGCUAUGCUCACAGGAAGCGGCUUUACAGAGAAACACUGUGAAAUCCUGGUGCCUUUUCUUACCUCACCAAACUCUCGCCUGACUCAUCUUGAUCUAAGCCACAACAGUCUGGGGCUUUCUGCACUGAAGCAACUUUCAAAAGCCUUGUGUGAUCCCAAAUGUCAGAUUGAGAUGCUGAACCUCAGCCACAACGGCCUCCGUGGUCAGGACAUGGACUUCAUCAAGCAAGUGCUUUCAGGAUCAAAUGUGAAGCUGAAAAUCCUGGAUCUCAGUGAUAAUCAUCUAGAAGACGAAGGAGUGAAAAUCCUCUCAGCUGGGCUGCGGAGUGCUAAGUGUCAUCUUGAAGUUCUGAAACUUUUAGGCUGUCAGAUUCAAGAUGGAGGUUUGAAGUUGCUGUCAUCUAUGAAAGCCAGUCUAAGAGAGCUGGACCUGCGGUAUAAUAACCUUGGAAAACCUGUGGAAAAUAAAGUUUGUGAACUGAAAGAUAAGCUACCCUCACUAAGAAUUUACACUGGUGGAGUCUGCAGUCACCAACCAGGGCUGUACAAAUAUGCUGUCGCGCUUACCUUUGACCCUCGGACAGUUAACGAAUACCUCUAUCUGAACGAGGACAACACAGUAGCUGUUCAUAAGAGAGAAAGGCAACAGCUACCUGCUAAUGAUGAAAGAUUUGACAAGUGCAACCAGGUCCUGUGCUGCCAGCCGCUGUCAGGACGCUGCUUCUUUACGGCAGAUGUGAUCGGGACAGAGGUGCGCAUGGGUGUGGCCUGCAAGGGAAUCAACAGGAAGGGUACGAAUGAUGCCGUACUUCUGGGACGCAAUAAGAUGUCGUGGUGUUUAUGCUGCUCAAAAAGUCUAUUUGUGGCUCAUGACAAAAAAAAAGAAUCGGUAACUAAACCACUUCAAACAGAGUCCACCAGAAAACUUGCUGUGUUUCUGGACCAAGAGGCUGGUUCUAUUUAUUUCUAUAGGCUGAUCCCAGACUCUGAUCCAGAACUCUUGCACAUGUUUGAUGCAAAGUUUCCUCCUGAUGAGGAACUUUACCCUGCAUUUAGUAUUCAGAAACCAGACAGCUCAGUCCGUUUACAGCAAGCAUCACUGUAACUAUAUGCUUACACUUACAGUUUGUGUUCAUGACAUGAAUGAUGCCUCACAUCAGGAGAGAGGGAUCAGACAUGGAUUAUUCACCUGGCAGACCUUCUAAAAACAGCCAGCUAGUAACCCAGAAGAUCAGCAGUUAUUGAUACAUGACUUCAUCAUUAUCAGUUGCUUUAUAAACACUACACAACAGUGCUAUGGCAUUUUUGUGUUUGCGUUACAGUUAAAAUGUCUUAAGUUGUGUAUAUCUCAACAUAACUGGUUUUCUUUAAUGAAAAAUAAAGCUGCAUUAAUUGGA